AUGUGGGUUAUUGGCGGCAAGGAAGUGAAACCCCAUUCUCGGCCCUUUAUGGCCUCCAUCCAAGAGGAGAACAGACACGUCUGCGGUGGGUUCUUGGUGGCACGGAAAUGGGUGAUGACAGCAGCUCAUUGUCAGAUUCCCAAGGGGUCCGCCCGGUUUCGUGUCAUCCUCGGUGCCCAUUCGCUCAAGACUCAGGAGGCCUCCCAGCAGAUCUUUGGCAUCAAGAACUCCAUUGCUCACCCGCUCUUCAAUCCCGAGGCAGUGAAAAACGACAUCCGUUUACUGAAAUUGGACCGAUCCGCCAUUUUCAACAAGAAUGUCCGGAAGAUCAAGUUACCUCACGCCUACACUGAUCUUUGCCCCGGAGUCACCUGCCAUGUUAUCGGCUGGGGAGACAUCUCCAAUUAUGCAACCAUCCCCACCGAACUCAUGGAAGCCAACACAACCAUUGUGGACAGGAAGGCUUGUAAUGCAUCGUGGCAAGGACACGUCUUCAAGGGCAUGAUCUGCGCAGCCAGCACCAGUGCCGUCCUGCGUGGUUUCUGCUCGGGUGACUCAGGUGGCCCCUUAGUGUGCGGGAAAAACGUCCAGGGCAUCGUCUCCUUCAACGGGAAGAGAUGUGGCGAUCGGUCGUUCCCGGAUGUCUAUACCCGCAUUGCCAAUUACAUCACCUGGACCCGUUUCGUACUGCAGACCUUUUGA